AUCAACGACCAGUACGGCUCCAUCCCUUCCGCAGAGACGACGCAGCGGAGAGCAGCCCUCGUCGUAACCGUACUCCUUAUCUCGUCCAUCGACGAGAUGUUCGUUAACAAGUGCCAUCACGUGCUGAGCACGCGGACCUCAACUCGGCGGCUACUAAAAGGCGUUACAACGUGGAAAAGAUGCUUAACAACCGGUUCGAGGGAACCUGAAGGGCCAGUGGUUGCGACGGAAAUACCCGGCCCUCGGUCGCGUAGUUUGCUGCAGGAAUUAAAUUCGAUACAACAAGCGUCGUCCGUACAGUUUUUCGCAGACUACGAGAAAUCUUCCGGUAAUUACAUAAUGGACGUCGAUGGGAAUGCACUGCUGGACGUUUACAUGCAAAUCUCGUCGAUGCCUCUAGGCUAUAAUCAUCCGGCGAUGCUGGAGGCGCUCGCCGAUCCCGUUAAUCAAAAAAUUAUAGCGAAUAGACCAGCAUUGGGUGUCUUUCCUGCGAAAGACUGGCCCAACAGAUUGAAGAAUGUUCUGCUCGAAAAAGAGGUCGCCCCGCCUGGAUUAUCGCACAUCACGACAAUGAUGUGCGGCUCUUGUUCCAAUGAGAACGCUUUUAAAAACAUUUUUAUUUGGUACGCUGAGAAACAACGGCAAGGAGCACCGUUCACCAAAGAAGAAAUAGAAUCGUGCAUGAUAAAUGAGAAACCCGGCUCGCCGCAUUAUUCCAUCAUGUCUUUUAAAGGUGCUUUUCACGGAAGAACAUUAGGUUGUCUCUCAACAACUCACAGCAAGUACAUUCAUAAGAUGGAUAUACCAGCUUUCGACUGGCCUAUUGCCUCCUUCCCAGAGUACAAAUAUCCUUUGGAGGAGAACGUGCGAGAAAAUCAACAGGAAGAUAAGCGUUGCAUCGCGGAGGUGGAAGAGUUGUUUGAAAGGUACAAAAACGAGAAAAGGAUGCCGGUGGCCGGUGUGAUAAUCGAGCCCAUACAAGCAGAAGGUGGCGACAAUCACGCGUCGUCAGAAUUCUUUCAGGAACUUCAACGUGUAACGCGAAAGCACGGCGCUGCGUUACUUAUCGACGAAGUGCAGACUGGUGGCGGGCCGACGGGAAAAAUGUGGUGCCACGAGCACUUCAAUUUAAGUACUCCGCCCGACGUGAUGACCUUCAGCAAGAAAAUGCAACUGGGCGGUUAUUAUCACUUGGAAGAUUUCAAGCCAAAGCAGGGGUAUCGUGUGUUCAAUACGUGGAUGGGCGACCCCAGCAAGGUAAUACUGCUCGAAGCAAUCCUGGAAAUAAUCAAGAAGGAGAAUCUUUUAGAUAGAGUCACGCGCGUUGGCGAUUACAUGUUGAAAAAUUUGAAGGAUUUACAAAAUGAACAUUCCAAUACGAUCAACGCAGUGCGCGGUCGUGGAACUUUCAUAGCGUUUAAUUGUGCUUCGUCUCAAUUGCGAGACGCCAUCGUCAAGAAAUUGUUAACUAAAGGCAUUCAAGCAGGUGGAUGCGGCAGUCAGGCUGUGCGACUCAGGCCUGCGUUGACCUUCACGGAGCGUCAUGCUGAUAUAUUUUUCGACGCGCUCCGCUCUGUGCUAAAGGAAUAAGGAUAAAUCUUGGCGGCUCCGUCUUGCGUCUUCCAAAUCAUGUCUUCCAUUAUAGUCGCAAAGAUAUAUAUAUAUAUAUAUACAAAGUCUAUAAAUGUUCAUUAUUUUUCUAUGGCAGUUAUAUUAGGUGGAUAAUGUAACUUUUAAAAAGUAACAUAUGAUAAGUUGAAUUCAUGACAAUUUAUGACGACAUAGAUGAAUGAAUCGACCUAAUUGUAUCAGUGUGCAUUAAUCAAUGCACAUACACAGAUGUUUAUAAAUUACAUGUUUCAGAAAACAUGUAAACUUCGCAAAAUUAAAGGCAUUCCUUCGAAGGAAUGUGCAGUCAAUAUGAGAUGACACUUUUAUUGCGUGAGAGUGAAAAUUUUCAUCUCAAUGCUAACUUUACAUGUAUAUUUCGUGUUUUAUAUAAUAUUCAUUAUAGUUUAUAAAAUAUGAUAUAAAAUAAUGCUCAGUUAGAUGUUUAUAACUGUUAUAACUUACUUAUACUCCAUUUUGUUCCUUCGCAAUUCACUAAUCAAUUUGAUUGACUUAGGCAGAACAUUUAUUUCACAAACACGAAAUGUCUUCCAAAAGAACUGCCAAUAAAAUAUGUUCAAACUGUG